UGUCCCCGUCGUCGUUAAGCCAACGAAACUAGUAUCUUCCUCCCGAAAUCCCGACGUCCUCUCGCCACCGUCGACGCACAAGGAAGCCAGCACGGGCCGGCGGCGCUUUCUUCCUCUUUUCCCUCGCGGUUCUCGGUAACGGCGGCCUCGUCCCACCCGGGGAUGAGCGCCGCUGGCGUUGUUAUCUCUAGUCGCGCCGCAUGGCCACCCUCGCCGGCGCGCCCCUCGCCGUCUUCCUCGUCGCGUCCCUCAAGUCGGCCGCCGCGCGCGCGCGCCCCCGCCACGGCGAGCAGCUCCACGCGCUCGCUGCCAAGUCGGGCCUGCUCGCCUCCAACCUCUUCGUCCGCAACUCCCUCCUCGCCUUCUACUCCCGUGCUGCCCCAAGCCUCGCCCACCACCUGUUCGAUGAAGUGCCCCGGGGCCUCCGCGACACCACCGCCGACAACAUCCUCCUCUCGGCGCUCGCUCGUGCGGGCCGCCUCGACCGCGCGCGGUGCUUACUCGAGGAGAUGCCUCGGAGGGACGCGGUCUCGUUCACCACCGUCAUCGCCGGCUUCUCACGCGCCGGCCAUCCUGAGCGCGCUCUGGGCGUCUUCCGCGACAUGCUCGCCGAGGCCGUGCUGCCCAACGAGGUUACACUUGCGGAGGUGCUCACGGCGUUGGCCUGUGACGGAGCACCCGCGCCAGUGGGUGCUGCCCACGGCAUCGCCGUGAGGCAUGGCCUUGAUGAAUUCGUCAUCGUGGCCACCAACCUGGUCCAUGCAUAUGGAGCAGUGGCGCAGGUUCGUUCUGCACGUUACAUAUUUGAUUUAAUGCCAGAUAGAAACACUGUCACUUGGAAUGCAAUGCUUAAUUGCUAUGUCAAGGCUGGAAUGAUUAAUAUGGCUGCUGAGGUGUUCGGGGAGAUCCCAGAGAGGGAUGAUGUGUCUUGGUUGACAAUGAUAGAUGGAUAUAUCCGUGCGGAUUAUCUACUGCAGGCUCUCAAGACGUAUGCUGUGAUGCUGGGUAUGGUGGAUAUAAAGGGCAACGAGGUGAUACUUGUUGGUUUGGUCAAGGCAUGUUGUCGAUAUUCUGCUGUCUUAGAAGGGCAGCAACUCCACACAGUCAUUCUGAAGAAUGGUUUUGAUGCCCAUGCAUUUGUACAAGCGACCCUGAUCCAUUUCUAUGGGUCUUGUGAUUUUCUGGACCAUGCUCAGAUGCAAUUCAAAUUGUCAGACAAGUCACACGUAGCUUCCUGGAAUGCCCUUAUGGCUAGUUUACUAAGAAGGAACCUAGUGCAUGAAGCAAGGCAGCUGUUUGAUGACAUGCCUGAGAGGGACACCGUUUCUUGGAGUACAUUGAUAUCUGGGUACGUCCAGAGUGGGAAUUCAAACAUGGCUUUGCAGAUGUUCUGUUGGAUGUUAGAUACUGGCAUUGAACCUAACGAGAUAACUUUAGCAAGUGCUCUGUCUGCAGUUGCCAAUUCUGGCACCUUGGAGCAAGGGAAAUGGAUCCAUGACUACAUAAACAGUAGAUCAAUCCAGCUUACUGAUAACCUGAGUGCUGGACUGAUUAAUGUGUAUGCAAAGUGUGGUAGUGUUGCAGAUGCAGUUCAGCUAUUUAAUCAUGUUAAGCAUAAGUCAUUUUCAGUGUCUCCUUGGAAUGCUAUUAUCUGUAAUUUAGCUAUCCAUGGGUACGCAAACAUGUCACUUGAAUUGUUUUCGCAGUUGCGAAACACCAAUAUUAAACCCAACUCAAUCACAUACCUUGGUGUCUUAAAUGCAUGUUGUCAUGCUGGGAUGGUUGCCGAAGGGAAGCACCAACUUGAGUCCAUGAGGAAAGAGUAUGGAAUCCAACCAGAAAUUAAGCACUAUGGUUGCAUGAUUGAUCUUCUUUGUCGAGCUGGAUAUUUGGAAGAAGCAGAACAGCUUAUUGAGGUGAUGCCUAUGAAAGCUGAUGUGGUAGUUUGGGGUUGUAUCCUUGCAGCUGCUAGGGCACAAGGAAAUGUAGCCUUAGGAGAAAAGGCUGCAGAUGAAUUGGCAAGGCUUGACCCAAGCCAUGGAGCAUCCAAAAUAGCCUUGUCAAACCUAUAUGCUGAUGCUGGUCGCUGGAGCAAUGUGUCAGUGGUGAGGAAGAAACUCCAGAAUGGUAAUAUGGAAAGACUUACAGGAAGCAGUGGAAUUCUACAAUUAUAGGUUCCAUUCUUUUGGUGAAAACUGCAAAACUGCUCUUAUGUUGGUGAAGUAAAUAUGACAAGCGGUUUAUUUUCGUAAAUAUUUGUUGAUUUUUUUAUGUUAGCCAACACAUCAUUAUUUGCUCCUUUCAUUAAACAAGAUCUGAACUAAAGAAUCUCUAACAUGAGAAGGCAACUAUUCACAUUGCAAAGUUCAUUAGCUGUUAGAUUGCCAAGAAGAUGAGCUGGAAAAGUAGAUUAUCAACACCUAGGGAGGUCCCCGUGGCCCUUGCCAUGUUGUCACUUAGAUAAUUGCAUCUCUGAACUUUGACAGUUAGCGUUAUACAUGCUUAAUUGACAUGCCUGAUAAUUUAUAAUCCUACGUCAUUGCAACAUUCAGCCUUGAGUACAUAUUUACCAACCAGUUGACUCUUUUACUGUUUAUGGCAAAUGCAUGACAUCCAUGUCCAAUCGUACAAUCAUUGUAAUUUGUAAUACUGUAGGUUGCUCUCAUUUAAUCUUUCUAGCAUUUAUUG